ACCACAAACGGUGUCAGGAGAAUAUAGCCAAAAUCUUUGGAAACCUCGAGAACCCAAUAGACCAUACAUAUAUGUGAUUUCAAUUGCACACGACUGAGGCAACUUUGGUACAGUUUGUUUGGUUUUCUAUGGCGAUUCUCCAGGCAUGGUUCAUGGAUGAUAGUCGGGAGGAUCCACAGCUUCCUCAUCAUCGCAAUCCCUGUGAGUUUAUGUCGCCAGAUCAGUUAGCAGAUCUCGGCGUUUUGCACUGGAAGUUGAAUCCAGACAAGUAUGAGGAGGAUGAAGAAUUGGAGAACAUUAGGGCUACCAGAGGAUACAAUUACAUGGAUUUGCUGGAUUUAUGCCCUGAGAAAGUGGAGAAUUAUGAGCAAAAGCUAAAGAACUUCUAUACGGAGCACAUUCAUGCGGAUGAAGAGAUACGUUACUGCUUGGAAGGGAGUGGGUAUUUUGAUAUUAGGGAUAAAGAUGAUCGCUGGGUUCGCAUUUGGAUCAAGGCUGGUGAUCUCAUCAUCUUGCCUGCAGGAAUAUAUCACCGGUUCACCCUAGACACCUCCAACUAUAUCAAGUUGAUGAGGUUAUUUGUUGGAGAGCCAGUAUGGACUGCAUUCAACAGGCCACAAGAGGACCAUCCAGCCAGGAGAAACUACAUUAGUAACUUUGUUCAAAAGACCAGGAUGCCCCUUGAAGCUUAUUGAACACUAGCUAUGCUUUGUGAGUAAUUUAUGUAAGUAAAUGCUUUAGAAUUGCUGAUAUAGCUACAAUGGCCAUAUAUAUAUACAUGUAUUUGGAGGUCAACUUCAAUUCUCUUCUGUAUUUGAAACUUGAUUGUGAUAAUAUUAUGCUGUCUUGUAGCUUUAAUAAAUCUCAAAAAGGCCUUGAACUUCA